CACAAAGGCAUAGUAACAUCUCGCUAAGACUCUCUCUCUCUCUCUCUGUGUGUGUGUGUGUGUGUGUGUGUUUUUUUUAUCCUCUUUUGUCGUUCAAUAAUAUUGUUAAUUGUCUGGAAAGUAGCAUGUACAGUCCAAAGUUGCAGUCACUUUCUCCAUUCUCUACCAUUUCCAUUUGGCCACUAACACUAUAUAUUCUAUUUGCAUUAUUUGUGCCAUUUUUUGUUUGUGACGUGGCAUUACUUUAACCAAGAAUUAUCAAAAAAAGAAAAUCAAUCAGAACCAAAGCAGUGAAAGAGAGAGACAGUGUGUGAGAGGGGUCACCAGAAAGAAAACAACGGGAAAAUUAAAGAAAAAAGAAAAAAAGAAAAAAGAUCUCAUUGUUUUCCAUAAUUUUUGUUGAGUAAAGGUACUAGCUUCCUAUUGAUCCAGGUUCUGCCUCUUACUCCGCCACUGGAACUCACUGAAUUAGAGUAGGUGAGCUACUUUUUCAUUCCAAAUCCUAACUCAAACAUAACAUGGAACUUGCAUCUUUACCCAUUUUCUUGGAGGUUCAUCUGCAGCUGUGAGAAUUUAGGAGAUUUAAGUUUUAGAAGGCUAUGUCUGUUAGGUUUAGCAUCUUAAGAAGGACAUAAAGCAAACAAAGUGUGGUGGGAGCAACUAUUGAGCAUGGAUUGGGACUGGAAAGAGUUUGCUUGGGAUCCAUGUGGGUUAGAGCUAGCUAACGGUGCCUUGGAUGGUCAGAAGAAUGAAGCAACUUCAGUGGAUUUGAGGCUUGGUGAGAUUUCUGAGGAAAAAUCAGCACCGGAUACUCCGAAGGACCCAAAAGACUCAAAAACUGUGUCAUCUCCAUCUGGGUCAUCAAAAAGAUCACGCCUUCAAAAUGGAUCACAGAACAUGUGUUGUUCUGUUGAUGGAUGCAAUUCUGACCUCAGGGAUUGCAGAGAGUAUCAUAGGCGCCAUAGGGUGUGUGAAAAGCACUCCAAAACCCCCGUUGUGUUGGUAGGGGGGAAGCAACAGCGGUUCUGCCAGCAAUGCAGCAGGUUCCAUUCACUUGGGGAGUUUGAUGAGGUUAAGAGGAGUUGCAGGAAACGUCUUGAUGGGCAUAAUAGGCGUAGGAGGAAACCUCAGCCACCCUCUCUUUUCAUGGCUGCUGAGAAAUUCAUGUACAAUUACAAAGGACCCAGAAUCCUGCAAUUUGGUAGCCCUCAAACAUAUGCGAACCCUAUUAUGAGAAAUAUGUGGCCUGCCACAGCCAAAACUGGAGCUGAAUCGGAUUAUGAUCCUCCUCGGCUAUUAUACAGAAUCGACAAGCAUAGGCAGGACAAGGGACAUCCUCUUUGGCUAGAAAAUGACCCUAAAGUAGUGAAUGGCAAUGAAGCAAUGCAUGGAACUCCAAUCUGUCCGCCUAUUCGUGGCGCCAUUGCCCCAUCAGCAGGUGGAAAGAGCAGCCGGAAGCUCUCUUCUGAUGGAAAACCUGGAUCUUUUGACUCAGGUUGUGCUCUCUAUCUUCUGUCAACACUUCAAUCACAAAGUCCAGAGUUGAGUAUGGUGCAAUCCAGCAUCACCUGUCCAACACAAUCUCCACCAGUGGCUGCGCAGAAUCAGUAUGCCUGCUUAGAAAGGCCAAAAGAUAAGCCUAGUGGUCAAGUAUUGGUCCUUGAUGCAAACACAACCACCCUUCAUCGCAGUGGAAUGCUUCAAAUGGGGCCUGAUGGAUUGGUUGAAAAUGAGGACUCACUAACAUUUCCCUCUUUCUGGGAGUAGGUAGCCAAGUGGUUGUCUUUGUUGGGAAUUUCAUGGAUUCAAAAAAACUUUUGUGUGUACUCCAAUAAUUAAGCUUAGACUUGUUCAAGCUUUGAGUAUGUGACACCUUUGUUCCUGUCCAUUCAAAUUGUGGUAGCACAUUUUAUUUUGCUUCGGAGGAUAAAAUGGAUUGUAUGCCAUUAACUAUGUCCUCUCAGUUGUCAUGAGAUCAAUUUGAACAGCCCAAGAAUUAUUUUCUUUAAUGAAAGACUUUUAGUUUUAGU